CAUAAAGUACAGGCUUGCGCUCGCAUUCAAACAGUCGCUUAAGCUUUGCUUCCACCAAAAGGCUUAACAGCAGUUACUGCUCAUCAUUCAUUCUUCAACUCAUCAAAGAGAAAAAGUUUUAGCAACAGGAGAGCAGCCGAGAGGUUGCUAUUAUAGGAUCAGCUAUGCUUGGAGGCAUACGUACAGAUUUGGUGGUCACAGUGGCUGUUCUCUUUCUAACUCAGACAGGGACUCAAUGCAGAGCUGAAAAUGACUUCCUAUCAGUUACUUUACCGGAGUGGAGGGCACAUUCAGAAUACGUUAUACAGUGUUUUGAUGACAGACAUGCCAAUCUGAACUGUGAGUGGCUGGCGAGUGAAAAAGGAGCAGGGGAUUUUGCAGUGAAUGUUUCAGAGAGUGGUCCACUAGGGAUUGAGGGCCAGGCUUGUCUAGAGUUCUGGUACCUUGUCCCAGUUGCAGCUAAUGGGUCUGAACUUCGUGUCUUGCUAAAAAACAGCGUUGGUUCAGUAGAAAUCUGGACCUCUCCUGCUCUCCCUCAGAAUGCAUGGAGGCAAGCGUUUGUGCCCCUGAACAUCACUGAGUCCAGGACUCGGGUUGUGUUUGAAGUGGUUCAAGGAUUGUCCAUAGAGAAAGAGAUCACAUUUAAACAGAUAGGUGUAAGAAAAGGCUCCUGUGGACUACAGUGUGAAUCGAAUGCAGAGAUAUGGACAGAUGAGACCACCCGCUGCCUCUGUUCUGCUGGCCAGCUCUCCUGCUUUCCCUCUCACUGCCCUGAAGGCCAACUCUGUGGUCCUCAAAGAAGAGGCCCCAAUGGGACUUCUACCUUUGGGAUGUGCACUAUACACAGUCCCGCAGACGGCAGCACUUUUGAUGGAGUAUUGUUCCGCUUUACGACCGCCUGCACUUAUGUUCUGGCUAAGACCUGCUCACCCACUGAAACCCUGCCCAUGUUCGCUGUGGAAGUGGUCAAUGAGCAGCAUGAUAACACAUCUCUGCCAGAGGUCCAGAAGAUCAAUAUUAACAUGAGGAUUUACAGGGUGUCUCUGCUGAAAAGCCAAACAGACCGGGUUGUGAUUAAUGGGAUCUGGAGAAAGCUUCCACUAAGCCUUAACAGCGACACUGUCAACAUCAGGAGCACCCCUACCACUAUUGUGCUGGCAACCACUUUUGGUCUUACAGUCUCAUUUGACAGCACUGGUGUGGUCCACGUCACCCUCCCAUCAACCUAUUCUGAUAAAGUCUGUGGCAUGUGUGGCAACUUUAACCACCUCAAAGAAGAUGACUUUAGGAACCUCGAUUCACAAAACGCAACAGCUUUGGCUGAAAGCUGGCAGACUGGGAAAACUGCCUCUUCCUGUGAAACCAUUCUAUUCCCUCAGUGUGACCCACUGGAGGAGACACAGUAUGCCAGCGAGCUGUACUGUGGAGGCUUAUUCUCUACUACUGGUCCCUUUGCUGACUGCUUAUCAGUUGUAGGGGCAGACAGCUAUAUCAGAGGCUGCGUGUUUGCCAUGUGUUCUACUCAUGGUGACCAAGCCGUGCUAUGUGAGACGCUACGGGUCUAUAUUGAUAUCUGCAAUAAAGCUGGCAUUGCAGUACCCAUGUUGAGGAACUCCACAAUCUGCCCCAUUCAGUGCGGUGAGAACAGCCACUAUAACUCGUGUGCUGAUGGCUGUCCCGAGGUGUGCUCCAGUCUGGAUAUAGCUGGCUCCUGUGGAAGCUGUGAGGCAAGAUGUGAGUGUGAUUCUGGCUUCAAACUCAGUGGGGAAAAGUGUGUCCCAGCAGAAGACUGCGGGUGCUGGUAUAAUGGAAAACACUAUGAGAAAGGAGAAAUACUGGUGGAAGGAGAUUGUGUGCAACAGUGUCAGUGUAUGGGUAAUAACAAUAUGCAGUGCACUCAAAUGCAAUGUGCAGACAAUGAAGUUUGUAAGGUUAAAGAUGGGGUCAAAGGCUGCUUCCUUUUCAAACCCACCACCUGCAGUGUGUACGGUGAUCCACACUACAUCACCUUUGACGGUCUGGCAUAUGACUUUCAAGGGGGAUGCAGUUACAUAUUGACCACCACAUGUGGUGGAGGAAGCUCAGUCCAGUUCACAGUAUCUGGACACAACACCCACCCCCCCCUUCAGAACUUCACCAGAUCCAAGCUUCAAGCCGUGGCUCUCCAAGUCGAGGAUCUGUAUCUCAUCUUGAAUCAAAGCGGAGAGGUCUAUGUUAGUUAUAAGCAAGUCCAACUGCCAUAUUCCACCAGCGGGACAUAUGGCUCAGUAUGGGUGUAUGUGAAGAAUAAUCAUAUCAUCUUGGAGACAACUUUUGGCCUCAAAAUGCACAUAGAUGGAGAGAACAGACUGUUUCUGCAGGUGGAUGAGCACUACAAAUAUGAACUGUGUGGUCUGUGUGGCACUUAUUCUGGAUACCAGGACGAUGACUUUGUAACUCCAGGAGGCCAAAACGUGUCAGAAACGUUUGAGUUUGGUGACAGCUGGAGGGUGCCAAACAACUCUGAAUGUUUAGCUCGUCCAAACAAUCCAAGACUCUGUGACAAGGAUGAGAGGGAUACAGCCUACAAUGAGUGUUCAGUGCUGUUUGGCAGUGUUUUCAUGCCCUGUCAUGAACACAUUCACCCAAGCAUUUACCUCAAUAGUUGUGUGUAUGACUACUGUGCUACGAGCGGCGACCAACACACACUCUGUGAAUCUCUGAAGUCCUAUGCAACAGCAUGCCAGGUUUCAGGAGUUGAACUUCCAAAUUGGCAGACUGGCACAGCCUGUGAAGGCCUUUCUACCUCAACAGCUCCUCCAACAACUGCUUCUCCAACACCAGAUCAAACUUUUUGUCCCUUGAACUGCAAUUUUGAAAAAGAUCUGUGUGGGUGGGAGCAGCUUAUGCAGGACACUUUUGAUUGGACAAAACACUCUGGACCCACACCAACAAAUUUAACAGGUCCAAACCAAGACCACACCACUGGAGCUGGUUUCUACAUGUACCUUGAGGGAGACAGUGUAACUCAUGGAGACUCUGCCCGUUUGAUGAGCUCGGCGUGUAAUUUUAACGGAUCACUCUGCCUGUAUUUCUGGUACCAUAUGUAUGGUUCAGCCACAGCCAUGGCUCUUAAUAUCUACCUGCUGAAAGACAGUAAAACAACAAAGCUCUGGUCCAUGAUGGACAACCAGGGACCUGAAUGGCAUCUGGGAAGAGCUGAUGUCAAAGUGUCUGGUCCAUUCCAAAUUAUAAUAGAAGGAAUUCGAGGCUCUAAUUAUCAGUCAGAUGUGGCCAUAGAUGACAUAUCUGUCCAUUUUGGCUCAUGUUCAGGUAGCUUUCCAGCCCUGGGAAGUGGAACUAAGCCUUCUACAACUACAGAAAUGCUCCCCUUACACCAAAUCUGCAAUCUUGACUGUAACUUUGAUAGCAACCUUUGUAGCUGGGACCAGACGAUUACGGAUGCUUUUGACUGGACCUGGCAAAGAGGUUCUACCCCCACUUUAAUGACGGGCCCCUCUGCUGACCACACUGGUGAUGGCCACUAUCUUUACAUUGAAGCCAACAGUGCAUCGUAUGGAGACACAGCUCGUCUCAUCAGCUCUGAGUGCUCUGACUCUGGACCUCAGUGUCUGCAGUUCUGGUACCAUAUGUAUGGCUCAGCAGAUACAAUGGGCCUCCAUGUUUACCUGCUCCAAAACAGAAUAGCCAAUCAGGUUUGGAGGAAGCAGAAUGACCAAGGAAAUAUGUGGCACCUGGCUCAAGUGGACAUUGAACCAACCACACCUUUUCAGAUCAUUAUUGAGGGGCGCAGAGGAUCUAAUGAUGAGUCAGAUGUGGCCAUAGAUGAUUUGAAGCUUUAUCACGGCCGCUGCUUAGAUCUGGUAGGUGGAAUUACAACACAAUCAGCUAGACCUGAUCUUAAUACCACAGCGCCCCCAAGAGUCCCUGUCCAAACCACUGCAGCUCCACAGCCUCCUAUGCUCACUGCUACCUUCCAACCACCGAUAAUAAAUAUCACUGCCCCUCCCGUAGUGGAGGAAACAACCAACGUAAUUAAUAAGAACAAUGUUACUGAAGCUCCAGAUAGCCGGCCACCUCUGCAGCCAGUGUGCCAAUUCCACUGUAAUUUUGAGCAAGAUUUAUGUCAGUGGAAUCAGUUGAUCACAGAUGCUUUUGAUUGGACAAGAAACAGUGGCUCCACUCCUACUAUCAAUACAGGACCUUCUACAGAUCACACCACAGGAGGUGGCCACUAUCUUUACAUUGAAGCCAACAGUGCAUCGUAUGGAGACACAGCUCGUCUCAUCAGCUCUGAGUGCUCUGACUCUGGACCUCAGUGUCUGCAGUUCUGGUACCAUAUGUAUGGCUCAGCAGAUACAAUGGGCCUCCAUGUUUACCUGCUCCAAAACAGAAUAGCCAAUCAGGUUUGGAGGAAGCAGAAUGACCAAGGAAAUAUGUGGCACCUGGCUCAAGUGGACAUUGAACCAACCACACCUUUUCAGAUCAUUAUUGAGGGGCGCAGAGGAUCCAAUGAUGAGUCAGAUGUGGCCAUAGAUGAUUUGAAGCUUUAUCACGUCCGCUGCUCAGAUCUGGUAGGUGGAAUUACAACACAAUCAGCUAGACCUGAUCUUAAUACCACAGCGCCAAGAGUCCCUGUCCAAACCACUGCAGCUCCACAGCCUCCUAUGCUCACUGCUACCUUCCAACCAGCGAUAAUAAAUAUCACUGCCCCUCCCGUAGUGGAGGAAACAACCAACUUAAUUAAUAAGAACAAUGUUACUGAAGCUCCAGAUAGCCGGCCACCUCUGCAGCCAGUGUGCCAAUUCCACUGUAAUUUUGAGCAAGAUUUAUGUCAGUGGAAUCAGUUGAUCACAGAUGCUUUUGAUUGGACAAGAAACAGUGGCUCCACUCCUACUAUCAAUACAGGACCUUCUACAGAUCACACCACAGGAGGUGGCCACUAUCUUUACAUUGAAGCCAACAGUGCAUCGUAUGGAGACACAGCUCGUCUCAUCAGCUCUGAGUGCUCUGACUCUGGACCUCAGUGUCUGCAGUUCUGGUACCAUAUGUAUGGCUCAGCAGAUACAAUGGGGCUCCAUGUUUACCUGCUCCAAAACAGAAUAGCCAAUCAGGUUUGGAGGAAGCAGAAUGACCAAGGAAAUAUGUGGCACCUGGCUCAAGUGGACAUUGAACCAACCACACCUUUUCAGAUCAUUAUUGAGGGGCGCAGAGGAUCCAAUGAUGAGUCAGAUGUGGCCAUAGAUGAUUUGAAGCUUUAUCACGUCCGCUGCUCAGAUCUGGUAGGUGGAAUUACAACACAAUCAGCUAGACCUGAUCUUAAUACCACAGCGCCCCCAAGAGUCCCUGUCCAAACCACUGCAGCUCCACAGCCUCCUAUGCUCACUGCUACCUUCCAACCACCGAUAAUAAAUAUCACUGUCCCUCCCGUAGUGGAGGAAACAACCAACCUAAUUAAUAAGAACAAUGUUACUGAAGCUCCAGAUAGCCGGCCACCUCUGCAGCCAGCAUGCCAGAUGCACUGUGAUUUUGAGCAAGAUUUAUGUCAGUGGAAUCAGAUGAUAACUGAUGCUUUUGAUUGGACAAGACAGAGUGGCUCCACUCCUACGAUCAAUACUGGACCAUCUUCAGAUCACACCACAGGAGGUGGCCACUAUCUUUACAUUGACGCCAACAGUGCAUCAUAUGGAGACACAGCGCGUUUCAUCAGCUCUGAGUGCUCUGACUCUGGACCUCAGUGUCUGCAGUUCUGGUACCAUAUGUACGGCUCAGCAGAUACAAUGGGCCUCCAUGUUUACCUGCUCCAAAACAGAAUAGCCAAUCAGAUUUGGAGGAAGCAGAAUGACCAAGGAAAUAUGUGGCACCUGGCUCAGGUGGACAUUACAGCAACAGACACUUUCCAGAUUAUAUUUGAAGGACGAAGAGGUUCGAAUACUCAGUCUGAUGUGGCAGUAGAUGAUGUGUCACUUUAUCAUGGGCGCUGUGCAGAACUGGUCAAUCCAACAACAACUACAACUCAGUCAAAGCCGGAAACAACAGCUGGGCCACAACCAUCAACCACAACUCAACUAAAGUCGGAAACAACAGCUGGGCCACAACCAUCAACCACAACUCAACUAAAGCCGGAAACAACAGCUGGGCCACAACCAUCAACCACAACCCAACGAAAGCCGGAAACAACAGCUGGGCCACAACCAUCAACCACAGUUGAACCCCAGCCCACAACAAAUAAACCGCAAUCUACAACAACAGCAAGACCGCAACAAACAACCCUGACGGUACCAACACCAAUUUGCCCACGGUAUAGUCACUAUACCACUUGUGUCCCUGCAUGUAGUCCAACCUGUUUUUUCUUGAAUGGCCCACCACAUUGUAGUGACAAUGAGGUUUGUGUUCCUGGAUGUGUGUGCGAUGAUGGCUUUGUCAUGAAAAUGAAGAUUUGUGUGCCUCUGGAACAAUGUGGCUGUGUGGACAAGAAUGGCACCAAACACCAAUUCAAUGAACAGUGGUACACAGAUCACUGCAGUCAGAAAUGUGAAUGUGAGAAGGAUGACGGAAUAGGAAAGAUUGACUGUGAUGAUGAAGAUGAAUGUGAUGGAAAUGCUGUCUGCCUUCAAAAUGAAAAGGGCAAUUAUUACUGCCAGUCUACAGACUUCGAUGAGUGUACGAUCAAGAAGGACCCUGAAUAUAAAACAUUUGAUAAAAUGAAGCAUGACUUUGAGGGUGAACACUCUUACGUGCUGGUGAGGACCAGCAACUUGCCAAACAACCUUCAAGACAUCUACAUUGAAAGCAUCAACACGCCCGUCUUAGAUCAGGGCGGUGAUAGUCAGCAUGAAAAUGACAGCAGCAGUGAAGAAGAGCAGAAGAGCAGGGAAGGUGAUGAUGAUGACGAUGACAGCAAAGAACAUGACGAGCACCACAGAUUACAAGAGCUUAAGAUCAGAGUGUACAAUCACACUGUGGAGUUCAAGAAGAAUUGGAAACUGAUCGUGGAUGGAAAACCUACGGAAAUGCCCGUCUCAGUGACUGGUGGUCUAAAGAUCUGGAAGCGUUCCUCUCAUAUCUACCUACAAACUGAUUUUGGCUUGUCAGUGGCAUUUAAUGGACACCAUUCAGCAGAGAUUACUCUACCACACAUUUAUAAAAGGAAGGUGGGAGGCCUGUGUGGAAACUUUGAUGCUCAGAGAAAAAAUGACAGGAUGAAGCCAGAUGGUACCAUAGCCAGAAGCACUAAAGAGUUUGGAGAGAGCUGGAGAGUGUGAAUGCCAGAUGAAACACUGUCUUUGAAUGUGGAUGAGUUUAAUCUCUAUCAGUUACAUAAAACUCCAUAUGGAUAAAAAAGAACAGAUGAGUGUAAUGAUUUUGGCUUUUCUUCGUUAGCCAGCAAGUGUUGUCUUUACCUAGCUUUUUAGGGCUAUGUUUUCUGAAUAUCAGCAUAUCUAUUUUUUCAUGAAUGUUUAGAUACCUAUCUUUUUCUUAUUAUUUCUACAUAUAUUUGAUAUAAUCAUUGUACUCUACAUGUAAAUUGAGCUAUUAUUCUCAUUGGAUAAUAUAAAAAAUUUAAAAAGUAUGUGGUGAAUGAUCACAUUUCAUAAGGUGUUUUUGGCUUCCUGCAUUGUUGAAGGUUUCUGAUGAACUUACUACUCUAAUAAAAGUGGACUGUAAGGACAUUUGUGUUUCUUUGUGUGCAGCCAUUUGGUCCCAAGUUUACGUGUACAUUUUUAAGGUACAACCCAUUAACCACCUGCAGUACAGCAGGAACACCAACCCAAACAAAGGAAAAACAAAUAACACAAAACCUGUAACAUGAUACGGAUAAGGAAGGUAAUUGUUUUUUUUCUAGCAAACAAUAGGAUUGCUCUUGCUUGAAAAGCUCGUCUGUAUCUGUAUGAGGGCAUGUUUAUGUGGAAUCCUUACU